AAGUUUUGUUUACUAGCAUGUUAGCAUCUUCGGUUCCGCUCCUGGGUGGACUGUCGGAUCCCGGUUCUCCGGUACCUCUCCAGUUCGUCUCCGGUGGUUCUGCCUCUGACCGGAAACCGGAGAUUCGCGAGGCUGAAGGAAGAACCGGAGGCCUGACAUUUGGCGGGAAAACAUGAAGCAAAAAGAAAUUGGCGAGCAAAGAGAAAGAGGAGACAGAAACUCAGGUGUGAUAAUUAAGAUUUUAAGAUAUUAAAACACUUUUUAAGAAGUUUAUCUGAACACGAACUCUGCUGUAUAUCUGAGAUACGUAUACCUUACAGAAAUACUGAAUAAAUAAUGAAACUUUGUUGGGAUCAGAGGGUCCAGUCAACGUGAAACUGCCUAAUUUAGUUAAAAUUAGGGCUGGGUACGGUGGCCGAGAACCGCCGCUGCUGCAAAUAAAAAAGAAUUAAAAUAAGAAAGCCCCAACAGAAGCUCGCUGAAAAUUUUUUAAAAAUAAAGGAAGGGUGCAGAUAUUUUUCAAAAGGCCGGAACGGAAAUUAAUGAUGCAAAAAAAAAAAAAAAAAAAAAACUUACUGUGAAAAUAAAAGGACCCAAAUAAAAAAAAAACACAACGAAAGUGAGCUGCCGUGGACCAAAACUGAAAAAUAGCGAGGGGUCUGUGUACUUAUUUCUAUGAGUAAAGCAACCAAACUGUAAAGCCACUGAACUGGAUUCUCCACUGUGUUGGGUCUUUCGAGGUGUAUUGAUUUUCCUGUGUUCGCCGAAGCUAGCACUACACCAACAUCCUCAAGUUCAACUUCAUGUCAACUCAGGCGCAACAUGUCCUAACCACAUAACACACUGAAAAUCACACAAAGUGAAAUUAAACUGAAUUCACUAAUAAUCUGUCCAAGAGGGGUCAUGUAAGGCAAAAAGAGAAAAGGGCCAAGGACUGAUCCCUGCGGGACCCCUCAGCCUAGCCCUGUCGAGUCAGAUAAUAACUGGUUGACAUGGACCACAAAUCUCCUGUGGGUCAGAUAAGCCCUAAACCAAUUCCAAACAGUACCUGUAAUCCAAAAAUUGUCUCUGAGUCUAUUUAUUAAGACUUCAUGGUCCACCAUGUCAAAUGCGGCAGUAAGAUCUGACAGUACCAAGACUGUAGAGUCUGCUGCCAUCAGGACAUCACCUGAACCCUGAUUGGACGGUGUUAAAGAUGGAGUUUGCAUCAAUGAAGGCAGUUAACUGUUCAGCUACUAAUUUAAAUUCUUUCUAUAUUGUGUUUAAUCGUUAAAUAUUUUGUACAUUUAUUUCAGCCACUUCUAUUUACCCAGAAUGCCAUGGGAGAGGCGCUUCUGAUGAUGAGGAGAAGGGGUUUAAAGUGGAGGUUAAACUGGAGGAAGAGGAUGAUGAUGGUGAUGAAGACUGCAGUCAGGAUCCAGACUCCAGUCCUCCUCAAGCCAACAGCUCGGCAAAGGAAAGGACACCAUCAUCGCAAGGAGGAAGAGGUGGAGCUGACGGCAAGCUGAGGAUGAAGAAGGAGUAUCAGUGUGACGUUUGUCCAAAGAGCUUCAACCGGCCGAGUCUCCUGCAGAUCCACCAGAGGACGCACACGGGUGAGCGUCCGUUCCAGUGCUCCGACUGUGACAAACGUUUCCAGAGUAAAUCCGUCCUCUCAGCUCACCUCAAGACACACGCCAGCGAGCGCCAGUUCUCCUGCCACCAGUGCGGGAAGCGUUUCCUGCAGAGGAGGACGCUGCUGGAGCACGCCAAGACACACGUAAGAGAGAGACCCUUCAGCUGUCAGCUCUGCAGCCUGAGCUUUUGCGCUAAGAGCCACCUGCGGCGCCACCUGCAGGCACACUCAGAUGAGCGCCGCCAUCAGUGCGUGGAAUGCGGGAAGUGCUACAAGAGGAAGGAUCACCUGAACAGCCACAUGCGCGUGCACAGCGGCGAGCGCCCGUUCAGCUGCAAAGACUGCGGACGCAGCUACAGGGAGCAGGGACGCCUGCUGCAACACCUGCGCACGCAUACCGGCGAGAGUAAACGCUACACCUGCGCGCUCUGUGGUCUGCGCGUGGUGUCGGCCAAUCACCUGAAGAGACACAUGCAGACGCACGGCGGCGAGCGGCCGCACCGCUGCCCCGACUGUAGCAAACCCUUCAGCAGGAAAGACAAGAUGAGGGAGCACAUGAGGAUCCACACCGGAGAGAAACCGUACCAGUGCUCCCAGUGCUCGCUGCGCUUCAGGUGGAGGGCGGGGCUUAACACUCACAUACACACACAUGCCACUGAGGACGAGGACCUCGGAUUGGACGACAGGGAGGCUCUUUACCAGAGUGAUGACCUCAGCACACAUCAGACAGGUGAGACAGAGGCGGAUGAAGAAAUAGAGCAAGAGAAGAGGAAAACAACGUGACGAAGAGGAGCGAGAGAGAGACUCUUCCACCGCUACUACAACGAGAAAAACUCCUGAUGGUUUCAAAAUCUGUCUGCUCCUUUAAAUCUGGAAGCAAAGACACGUUUGUACAAAGAGGUUCCGGGUGGACUUUAGUGAACCAUAAAGACCAGGUUCUGGAGUCUGAAAGUCAAAUGUUGUCACAGUCUUUCCUGAGAGACAACUAAAAAGAACUUCAGAUUCUGAUUGGUCAGACCACAGGACUGUUUCCUUGUCCACCUUAAAUGGACGCGGUCUCUCUGAAGGUCCGUCUUAGACCUGGUCAUGUGACUCACGUGUUGGACCUUCACCUCAUUAGUUGGAAAUGUUCCUCCAUAUGUUUUUUUUUUUCUUUUUUUUUUUGGAUCAUUUUUUCCAAAAUAAAAGGAGCAGAUAUUUUUUUCAGUUUCAUGGUCUUGAUCUUUUUGAUCAUCUGAACCCUCAUGUAGAUCAUCGGCUCUCAUUCGCUCACGGUGAAACACUUCCUGCUGUCGUAACUUUCAUCCUUUGACGUUCAUUUUGAGAUUGAAAUCAUCGUUUCUGGUGAAUUUACUCCUGAAGUGUUCAGACUGUAAAUGUGGGCGGCGCAUUGAUGCGCUCUGCGGCCUGAUGAAGCGGCUUUAAAGGCAGGAAAGACUCCCCUGUAUGUUUGAGUUGAUCUCAUGUUUCAGAUUUUCUUAUCAGUUCGUUUUUCGCCGUUGAUGAAGUUAAAAUCCAGUUCUCUGAUUUUUUUUUUUAAAGUUUGAUUUCCGACAAACAAACUUUACGGACAGAAAAAGAUGAACGUGAAGCUGUACAAAGAAAUGUUCACAGCGGCUCAGUGUUGGUUUGGGGCAAAUGGACUGUGUGGUGCCCUCUGCUGACAGUCAGGGUUAAAUCUUCUUAAAUUACAAACAGGAGCUUGGUGUUUGCUCUGACCGAAUAAAAGACAUCAGACCAAAGCUGA